UAAAAUUUUUGGUCAUACAUUGUUUACAACAUGACAGAAGUUUUCCAGCUAACACGAACUCUGUAACGUUUCAAGCUGCAAUUGAACAUGGUUGAGUGUUUCAAAUUUUACCCGUUACACAAAUAACAUCUCCGGUAGGUGUGGUAACCGGCUUCGGUCUACAAGACACUUAGCUACAGUAUGCUCAGCCUGUCAGCCUCAGUGCUGGUUUGAGAGUUGAGACCGUAGUCCCUUUCAGUGUGAAGCCGGCCACGGGCGGGAAUGAUGCCCUCCCGGAGCAGUGCGGCCGCAGGGGCACCCAUGAGUAAAGUGAAAUAUUCCAGGGUGGCGGAUAACGAGGACGGAUACAUCGACCUGCAGUUCAAGAGGAGCCCGCCCAAAGUUCCAUAUAAGGCGAUUGCCCUGGCUGCAUUCCUUUUCCUGAUUGGCUCUUUGCUGAUUAUUAUCGGAGCCCUCCUCCUGUCAGGGUCCAUCCAAGUCUCGCAUCCUGACCGCACAGUACCAGUCCUCAUCAUCGGAAUCCUUGUGUUCCUUCCUGGUUUCUACCACCUACGGAUUGCCUACUAUGCGUCCAAGGGUUACCGUGGUUACUCCUAUGAGGACAUCCCAGACUUUGAUGAUUGAACCAACCGUAGACUAGUUUCUUUAUGCUUUUCGCCUGUCAUGGAGCUUCCACACAUGAUUGUUCCUCCUGUUAUGCUGCCAGUCGUGCAAAAAGAAAAUAAAUUGUCCACUACACAGAAUGGGUAAACAACAGUAAUGCAUUUUUUCCACCACUAUUAACAACAUUUAGAACCCAAGUUGAUUAUGCCUUGUACAAGUGAUCCAUCUGAAAUAGGCUUUUCCUUUCAGUGAAAACUACUGUAUCUACUGUUAUAUACAAUUGGAUAGUUUUCUGUAUGUUUUACGUGUUUAUGGUGUUAUUUUUAUUUUUUCAGUUUAAAUUCAUAAUUACUUAUAGUUUUUUGUUAACCAUUUUUGUUGACAUGCUCACUAUUUAUAUUCUGAGAAAAUGUCUGGCUUUUUUGCUUUCAGCUUUUUUUAUUACUGAAUUUUGAUUAUGACAUUGGGUGUCAGCAUUUUGUUAUAAAUGUAUUUAUUAUAAAAUGAGCUAGUCAGAACUUAAUGUGUGAGGUCGUGUGAUAAAAUGUGACAUAACUAAAAUAAUAUUCCCCAAUUUGCUCAAGGUCAGACCAAGGGACAAAUGGUGUUGUUGACUGUAGGUAAUUUGGAUGGAAUGAUUUGACUGGUCCCACAUACACUUUUCACACAUUUGAUGACCGUCACUAUUGAAAUUUAUCCUAAGAAGCAUUAUUAGUUUCAUAUUUGCGCAUCAUGAGCUAGACUUUUCAUUAUCAAGCUCCAUGCAAAAAUUGCAUGAGUGCUGGAAAGGUUAGGAAGUGUUAGGCCUGAUGCACCAAAAACAAAAAGAAACCAAAACAAAAUAAAGUCCUUUGCCUGGCCGAUUUAUGAAUGAAAGGGCCAUACAGCCAGUCGUGGUUUGGGUUUGUUUUUGCAGAGAGUAGGCAUGCUGCAUUAAUCUUCCACUCGUUAGGAUUUCAUACAUAAAUGAACAUGUUUUGGUGUUUAUUAUUGUAUUUUGUGUUUCUUUAAAAAAAAAAACAUUCAGGCCGAGACAAGUAAUGUUUAGAGAGUAAUAUAAUGCAUAGAACUGGAAAAACUUUUGUGUUUGUUCGCUCAGCUGUAAGGUCAGGCUGCAUGGCAUUGCUUCUAAUGCAGGAUAGUUCUUGGGUGGGUAUUUGCGGCUAUUCCCUGCAUAAGCUGUGUUUUACAGCAUGUGAACAUAUUAUAAAUUGACAUGAUUUGAGUUCAGUUUGGAAAGUUAUCUACAUUGAGUACUGAAAGUAAGAUUAAUCCCUUGCCCAUAUUUGCAGUGUUCUAUUUUGAGACUUUAUAGCACCAGAGGUGAGCCUCACAGAGACAUGUAAUGGUUUAAAUGAAGGAAGACACUACUGCGAUUUACAAUACACUUGUACAAUUUGCCUGUAAAACCGUUAAACCUAACCUAUCAUCUCCUUGAUGACAAGUGUGAAAAAUCUGAGGGGUAUAGGCAGAACUACUAAAGAUCUAGGAAGCAAAAUGUAAGCAGGUGUCUCCAGAUCUAUCCGAAUGGCUAAAUUGUGCAUUGCUGUAAAUCAAAAAAUAAAUAUAUUUUACUACAAAUCAACAA